AUGGGAUCCUAUAACAACAUUGGUUAUAGACUUUCAACGGAUGUGUGUUCAGUUUCGACUGUGCAAUCCCAUCAGAAUGUGGUAAUCAGAGUUUUUGUCAAAAAGAGGACGAUAUUUACUAACCUUACGUCCCAAGAUGCUGAUUUCUUGGAUUCAAUUGAUUUCUUUGCGUUAGAGUUGGCAACCUCCAUAACCCAACACUUACAAACUCAAGAACGCGCAUACAUGUACCUUUUGCUUGCAUUGGUGGAACAUAUACCGAUACCCUUGCAGAUCAUCCGUGGCCUCAGUUGGGAAAUAGCCUGUCAAGCCUGUGACAAUGCUCGCUCUCUCGACCAGCCUAACAUACAGGUACAGUUGCGGUUCUUUAUAGAUAUCAAACACGAGAGAGAAAUCGCAGAAGGUGACCACUCGGAACCCGAAACCGAAUAUGAAACCCGCCAAGAAGAAGAGGAACUUCCUGAAGCUGAAACCGAAUAUGAGGAUCUCCAAGAAGUGGAAGAAAUUCUUGAAGCUGAAACCGAAUAUGAGGAUCCCCAAAGAGAGGAGGAAAUUCCCGAAGCUGAAACCGAAUAUGAGGCCCCUCAAGAAGAGGAGAUUCCUGAAGCUGAGAUGCACGAACUUGGCAUAUUAAUGGAAUUAGAGCUUGAGCUUGGCAUAUUCAUGGAAGUGACUUCGCAGUAUAUUUUUGAAGGUGAGUUCCGGCAAAUGGAAACAGAUAAUCUCGAGCAUCUUAUAGGCAUCGAGGCAUCCUCACAGGUAGAUUGUACUCCGAGAACAGUGGCAAGAUCAAUAGUAGAUUCCUUAGCAAAGGCGGAUAUCAAGGCGGAAGAAGAGGUUCUUUGCACUGUGUGCCUCUGCAACAUCAAUGCUUCCGAUGGGGAUGGGAGGGUACUCCCGUGCUCCCAUAUGUAUCAUGAGGAUUGCAUCUACGAGUGGUUGAAGUCGAGAAAUUCAUGUCCAGUGUGCCGAUUCGAGUUCCCUGCUAACCUGCCCUAG